AAUAAAGUUGAACGUCAAACUAUAAAAUACAUAUUUAUGUGUUGCUCAUUUGUAAUAUCGCGAAGUUAUACAAAUAUAUAAAUUUUCUUAUUAAUAAUGAAACUGAGGACUAUUAGAUAGUUUCAGAAUUUUAUUUAUUAGUGUUGUGAUCAUUUAUUUAUCUAUAUAAGAAAAUUGUCAUCAAGAUGACGACUCCAAGUUCUUCACAAGCAGGAUCGGUUCAAGAGUUCAAAAUCAGAGUGCCAAAAAAUGUAAAGAAGAAAUAUCAUGUGAUGAGAUUCAAUGCCACACUGAAUGUUGAUUUUGCAAAAUGGACCAACGUGAAAAUGGAAAGGGAGAACAACAUCAAAGAGUUCAAAGGGAUCGAAGAAGAUAUGCCAAAAUUUGGUGCCGGUUCAGAGUAUGGGAGAGACAUGCGUGAAGAGGCACGUAGAAAAAAAUUUGGUAUCAUCUCCCGCAAAUACAAACCUGAAGACCAACCGUGGAUAUUGAAAGUCGGUGGAAAGACUGGCAAAAAGUUCAAGGGCAUCCGUGAAGGUGGUGUAUCAGAAAAUGCUGCCUAUUAUGUAUUCACCCAUGCUGAUGAUGGCGCCAUUGAUGCUUACCCGCUACAAGAAUGGUACAAUUUCCAACCAAUUCAAAGAUAUAAGGCUCUAUCAGCGGAGGAAGCGGAACAAGAGUUUGGACGACGUAACAAGGUGAUCAACUACUUCUCGCUCAUGUUCCGCAAGCGCAUGCGCGGGGACGACGCGCCCGACGACGGAGACGACCCCGACGACAAGAAGACCAAGGGGGGGAAGGCCAAGAAAGAUCUGAAGAUAUCAGAGAUGGACGAAUGGAUAGAUUCUGACGACGAAUCCUCUGAUUCGGAGGCUGGCGAGAAGGACAAGGACAAAGAGGACAGUGACUCCGGUGCCAAGAAGAAGAAGAAUAAAAAAGGAGCUGUAAAUAAGAAAAAGAAGAAAGUGAACGACGAGGCGUUUGAGGAGAGUGACGACGGAGACGAGGAGGGGAGGGAAAAGGACUACAUAUCUGACUCAUCAGACAGCGAAUCCGACCACGAGACUAAAGCGAAUAAGGAACUGAAGGGUGUCGCUGAAGAAGAUGCUUUGAGGAAACUUCUGACAUCAGACGAGGACAGUGAAGAGGAACAGGAACAAAAGCAGGAGUCGGAGCAAGAGGAUGAACCCACGAAGGAGGGCGAGGAGAGGGCCAGCAAACUCACUAAAAAGAAGAAGAAGCCGGACGAGGCCAAGAAAGACUCGAGUAGUGAAUUCAGUUCAGAUUCCGACACAGAUCCGGAAUCGAGUUCGAAGAAACCAAAGAAGACUAAGAACGGUACCGUCGACGGCAAAAAUGCCUCCGGAGCGGGCGGCGCGGGGGGCGCGGGCGGCGCGGCGGCGUCGGGCGCGGCCGCCGCCGUGGCCGCCGCCAACGCCGCCGCCAACCAGCCGGCCGCCAAGCGCACCAAGCUUGACCCCUCCUACACCGAGUGCGGCGUGACGGAGGAGGCGGUCCGGCGCUACCUGGCGCGCAAGCCGAUGACGACGACGGAGCUGCUCACGAAGUUCAAGUCGAAGCGCACGGGCGUCAGCUCGGAGCGCCUCGUGGAGACCAUGACGCAGAUCCUCAAGCGGAUCAACCCCGUCAAGCAGAACAUCAACGGAAAGAUGUACCUCAGUAUCAAACAAACGUGAUCGUUUAUUCUUGUUAAUUAAAAUGACUUUUGUUAAACAA